AUGGCAACAGCGUUAACAGCAGCACCACUGGUGGAAGAUGUGCUUUCAGAACGAACAGAUUCUGUAGUAGUAGACGCUGGCAUAGUAGAGGACCGUCAAGACAGCAGCUCUGACGGUUCCAACUCUCUCGACACCAGCACCGAAGCUCCACCGGACGAAGAGGAGGAAGAUGACAUGCUGAGUUUGGCCAAGUCGUCCGGCGACGAAGAGGACAAGACAGUUUCACUGGAAGAGAGCGAAGACGAAGAAACUCAGAUUGAUCUCGACACGAUUAAUCGUCCUCCACUGUCGGAAGAAGAACAGCAGAAACAGGAUCAAGUCUUGGCCAAGAGUAUGGAACUGAACGACGCGUUCAUGGCGUUGGAAAAUAUGCGCAAAGCCAAUUUGGAAGUGGAAUUUGGUGGCAAGGCCAUUCCCAAUGUCCAGCUCUUUCAUCAGUACUGUUCGACCUGUCUUCACGAACAAAAGAAGCGACGGGAAGAAUUCCUUAGGACCACGGAAGAACGGCAGAGACGAAAGAUGCUCGUGGGUGUUGUCAAUCGCAUCAAGGCGCGGAGGAGACAUCCUCUCUGUCUCGUUUGUACGUCGCCGGUCUGUGCCAAGCAUGCGUGUAAAGCAUUCAAAAAGGAAAAGAUUACCGUCUGUGGCAAGUGCGCUCCCCUGUUUACCAUGGACUAUGUCGUUGAGACUUUUUCUCAUGACGACGAAGCGCGUCGUCAGGCGGGCAUGGCACACAUGAUUGACUCGUACGAUCGCGCCUUGCUCAUGCUCCGCUACUCGAGUCAAUUCAUUGACGAAAUUGCCGAUACCCUCGAACACACGUCCAAAAAGAACGAUCAUAUUGGUUUGGGAUCCAGCAUGAUUGGACUCACGUCCGGGUUUACAGGUGUCGCUUCCAUUGCCGUACAGUUUGUCGCUGCCGCGGCCAUUUUGUCUCCGGCAGGGCCACCGCUCUUGAUGGCGUCCAUUUUGUUUGGAGCGUCGGCUGCCGCGGCAUCCACUGGAACCGAGGCGUUUACGUACUACAGUCAACCCAAUCAACUCGCCAACAAGAUUUUGGCGUUGCACGAUUUGGUGCAGUCCUUGUUGGGCGUCACGACCGUGCUCAGGGAUUGCAUUGCCAAGGGGCAUGUCGAUGCCAAGCAUUACAUUGACAUGCAAUCCGGAAAGCGGACUGUGGCGUAUUGGAAGUCGCGAGCGCCAAAGCCUCCUGUAGUGCCCGUUGUGACGGAAGAAACAGAAGUGGAGGACGACGAGACGACAACCACCACCAACGAAGAUGCAAUGGCUGAGAAUGACGAGGGAGCCGCAACAACAACCGACGAAGCAGAAGGGGCGGAAACGACAAUCGUUGCGGAAUCAAAAGACGAGCCCGCCAUUGAAGAAAAGCCGAUGAAGACGGCUUCUCUCAACGACAUUGACGACGACGACGAGGUGGUUGUGUUGCCAAAGAAGAAAACGGCGUCUCUCAGCGACAUUGACGGCGAUGACGACCUCCAACAAGAAGAGGUGGUUGUGUCGCCGAAGAAGAAAACGGCGUCUCUCAGCGACAUUGAUGACGACGACGAAGACGAAGUAGAGGUGGCCCUCGAAAAGGACACUGCCGUUGAGGCUAGCGAUGUUGUGCCUGCGGCGGAGCAGGACGCCACAGAAGAAAGCAAGGAGACAACUGCCCAAACUUUGGAUGGUGAUGAUGCGUCUGAUGACGACAAAACCAUGGACGUUGUUGUUGGUGAAAACGAUUCCAGCGACAAGAAAGACUCUGCAGACGCUUCUGCCUCCUUGGAGGGGGAACCACAAGUUACCAAGCCUACUCCUACCGAUCUUGUAGCCGCGCCUUCCAACAUGCGUUGUGCCAUGUCGAGGGCAACUACCAAUGUCAUCAAGCUGGCUCAGUUUGCGUCUGUUGCCUGUGUCAUGCUCAGCUUCACGACCAUCGUCUUGGAAGCCAAGAACUUGAAGGACACACUCAAGAGUCUCAAGGCGGGAUCGCCUUGCGAAAAGGCGCAGAAGUUGCGAACUAUCAAGAAGCUCAUUGACAGUCUUCCAGAAACAAAGGAAAUCGUGGAGGACUGUAAUAACUAUUUGGAGGCUCAGGCCAAGUAG